AAUCUAAUCUGUAUCAAUAAUAAGAAGAUAAGUUUAGAAAUGUUAUACAGCGUAGAUUCAAACGCGUCACUGACGUGUAAUUGCGUAUUUGUUUUGUGUGGCAAAGUCAAUGUCACAUUUUUAUAGAUGGCGCGCAUUGCAACCCUUACAGCUGCUUGCUAAAGAACAUGUCCGUUAACCUCCGCACAUGUUCAAAACUUGCGCAAGUUACCGGUUGAUUCGUGCUUACAUCUUUUAACACAACUAUUCACAGUAGACAACAAGCAUGUCUUGGCCACAAAUUGCGCUCGCGUUGAAAGAAAAUCGCCGAGAACUGUGUCUCACAGGCAAAGAAUUCAAUGAACACUUGGAAAAGCAUGGCUUAGAUCCACAACUGUACACAAUUUCAUCGCUCAACUACCUCACCAUUCACAACACUUCAUUGAACAACAUCGGGGAUGACAUUGCAAAAUUAGACGCCCUGCAAACGCUGAGUCUACACUCAAAUAAAAUCACCAAGGUAUGCAACAGUUUGGAUAAACUAGACAAGCUUAAAGUGUUGGAUUUGUCACACAACAAUAUUUCGGUGUUGACAAUCAACUUCAAUGCUCUCAUGCACCUGACAAGUAUUAAUCUGUCCAAUAAUCAACUAGAAAGCAUCCCUGAUGUACAAAAAUGUAUAAAACUACAAGUAUUGGACCUGUCACACAAUCUUUUAAAGGAAUUCCCAGCAAUUUGUCAUGACAGCCUCAAUGUCCUCAGUGAUUUACUGCUGGGAAACAAUCAAAUUGCAGACAUUUCAGCUGAUAUCGACGUGUUAACCAGCUUGAAAAGUCUGGACAUUGCCAACAAUCAAAUCACCCAAGUGCCUUACAACCUGGUCAACUGUGCCAAGCUAAAAGAACUCAAUCUGAAGGGAAAUCCAGUCAAAGACAGAAGAUUGCUCAAGCUGAUUGACCAAUGCAGAACCAAACAAGUCUUGGAUUAUUUAAAACAACAUGCACCCAAAGAUACAGGUAAUAAGGAUGGUAAAAAGAAGUCCAAGGGAAAACAAUCCGAAAUCAAGUGUGAAUUAUCACUCACACCUUUGACUAUUGAUGAUAACAAGCUAAAACUGCAUCUGAAACAUGCCAGUCUCGCCGAUGACGCGUUGAAAGUCAUCAUUAAAGAUGAAAUUAAAGCUAUAAGGCCAAAUAUUGUUUGCUGUUUGAUUCAUGGGCUGAAAUUCACUGAUGAAAGUUUCCGGAAGUUUAUCCAGAUGCAGAAUAAGUUGCAUGAGACGCUGUGUGAGAAGAGAAGUGCUGCAACCAUUGCGACACAUGAUGCUAAAACUCUAGAUGGCAGUGUGUUGAUUUACACGGCUGUCAAACCAUCAACGUUGAAGAUUCGCCCGCUGAAUGCGGUGAAAAGCAUGAGUGGCACGCAGUUGUUCAAUCAACUGCAAGCGGAGGCUGAACAUUUGCGUCAUGAGAAGAAACGCAAUGUUUAUUCGGGUAUUCAUAAGUAUUUGUAUCUCCUGGAAGGAAAACCAGCAUAUGCUUGUCUUAUUAAGAAAACUCUAGCGGAGAAUAGCGAAGCGCAUCAGGAAGUUAUUUCGUUUCCGCCUAUAACAAACAGUGACAUUAGCAAGGUAACGUUAAACACCGAGUCUAUUUUGUUGGAAGUUACUAGCCAUACAAAUGUACCGUUGACAAGAAAAAUAGCCGAUGUUGUUCUUCAGGAAACUGCUGUGUUGAUGGGCGAUGGAUUAACGGUUGAACAGUUACGAAUUGUCGAUGUCGAAGGCAAUUUGAAGAGUGUUUAUCCGUCGAAGACCGAUUUGAACUUCGACUCGGCCGCUAACAUAGCGAUUAUUCGUGAUUAGCGCACGGGGUUCUUUUGAAUGUUAAGUUUAACAUGUUAAAUGACUAAUUUAUUUUGUUUAAUAUAGUCACAGGGUGUUCGCCCGAAUCUA